AAGACUUUUUAUCCCGCCUCUUCUCUCACCUCCAAGUUUCACUCUUUCUUUAAAUGAUAGCGGACUGUCAAAAAUCUCCACUUGCAUAUCCAUCCCCUUCUUUGUAAUUCAAACCGAGUCGUCUUGGCAGUGGCGACGAUGCUAGGACGAGAUGAAGAUCCGGUCGGAACAAUAAGCGGGAGAGUGAGUUUGGCCUCGACCAGUCACAGGAGUUCGGUAGGAGCUUCCAAAAGCUUUAGAGAUGUGUUUGUAUCUCAGGGGGACGAGGUGUUUGGGAAGAGCGAACGACGUGAGGAAGAUGACGUUGAACUCCGGUGGGCCGCGAUUGAGCGAUUGCCAACCUUUGAUCGGCUACGUAAAGGCAUGUUGCCACAAACGACGGUCAAUGGUGAGAUUGAGCUGGAGGAUGUUAACCUCAUGAGGCUCCAACCUAAGGAGAAGAAACAACUUAUGGAAAUGAUCUUGAGUGUUGUUGAAGAAGACAAUGAAAAGUUUCUACGUGGAUUGAGAGAAAGAACAGACAGAGUUGGAAUCCAGGUUCCGAAAAUUGAAGUGAGGUAUGAGAAUCUUUCAGUGGAAGGAGAUGUGUGUAGUGCUAGUAGAGCGCUUCCUACUCUCUUCAACGUCACUUUAAAUACAAUGCAGAGCAUUCUAGGAUUCUUCCACUUCAUUCCAUCUAAAAAGAAGAAGAUUCAGAUACUUAAAGACAUCAGUGGCAUUAUCAAACCAUCAAGGAUGGCCUUAUUACUUGGUCCACCAAGUUCAGGGAAAACAACUUUGUUACAAGCUUUGGCUGGGAAGCUCGAUGACACACUCCAGAUGUCCGGGAGGAUAACUUAUUGCGGUCAUGAGUUCCACGAGUUUGUUCCUCAAAAGACGUGUGCCUACAUUAGUCAACAUGACCUUCACUUUGGGGAAAUGACGGUGAGACAGACUCUGGAUUUUUCGGGACGAUGUCUAGGUGUUGGGACACGGUACCAGUUGAUGGCUGAGCUCUCAAGGAGGGAGAGAGAAGAGGGAAUAAAGCCAGACCCUAAAAUUGAUGCAUUCAUGAAAUCUAUUGCAAUAUCAGGGCAAGAAACUAGUUUGGUUACAGAUUAUGUACUUAAGAUACUUGGUUUAGACAUAUGUGCUGACAUACUUGUCGGAGACGUAAUGAGAAGAGGUGUUUCUGGUGGACAACGAAAGCGUCUGACAACAGGAGAGAUGUUGGUAGGACCGGCGAAAGCUCUUUUCAUGGAUGAAAUAUCAACAGGGUUGGAUAGUUCAACAACAUUCCAAAUCUGCAAGUUCAUGAGGCAACUAGUACAUAUCUCGGAUGUUACAAUGAUUAUUUCACUUCUACAACCUGCACCAGAGACUUUUGAGCUUUUCGACGACAUUAUCUUACUCUCAGAGGGACAAAUUGUCUACCAAGGCUCACGGGACAACGUUCUUGAGUUCUUUGAACACAUGGGUUUCCAAUGUCCUGAAAGGAAAGGGGUUGCAGAUUUCUUGCAAGAAGUUACAUCUAAGAAGGACCAAGAACAAUAUUGGAACAGGAAAGAACAACCUUACAACUAUGUCUCCGUUAAUGAUUUCUCAAGCGGUUUUAACUCUUUUCACACCGGGAAACAACUCACUUCAGAGUUCAGGAUUCCCUAUGACAAAUCUAAAACCCAUUCUGCUGCACUAGUCACACAAAAGUAUGGUAUAUCAAACUGGGAGCUAUUCAAAGCAUGCUUUGAUAGAGAAUGGCUACUUAUGAAACGCAACUCAUUUGUGUAUGUCUUUAAGACUGUCCAGAUUACCAUCAUGUCUUUGAUUACCAUGACGGUCUAUCUCAGGACAGAAAUGCAUGUAGGCACGGUGCGAGAUGGUCAAAAGUUUUACGGUGCUCUUUUUUUCAGCUUGGUUAAUGUAAUGUUUAAUGGACUUACUGAACUAGCAUUUACUGUGAUGAGGCUCCCGGUGUUUUACAAACAGAGAGACUUCUUGUUCUAUCCUCCAGGGGCUUUCGCCUUACCAGCGUGGCUUCUAAAGAUUCCGUUAUCUCUUAUCGAAUCAGGAAUAUGGAUCGGUCUUACAUAUUAUACCAUAGGUUUUGCUCCUUCUGCUGCAAGGUUUUUCCGGCAGUUGUUAGCAUACUUCUGUGUGAACCAGAUGGCCCUCUCUUUGUUUAGAUUCCUUGGAGCCAUUGGAAGAACAGAAGUAAUCUCUAUCUCAAUCGGGACCUUCACAUUGCUAAUUGUCUUUACUCUUGGAGGCUUCAUUAUUGCUAAAGAUGAUAUCCAGCCUUGGAUGACUUGGGCCUAUUAUUUGUCCCCUAUGAUGUACGGACAAACCGCUAUUGUUAUGAAUGAAUUUCUCGAUGAGCGAUGGAGCAGUCCAAACUAUGAUACAAGCAUCAACGCGAAAACUGUUGGAGAGGUCCUACUUAAGAGCCGGGGCUUCUUCACGGAGCCAUAUUGGUUUUGGAUAAGUAUUGUGGCGCUACUUGGGUUUUCUUUGUUGUUCAAUCUCUUUUACAUACUAGCCUUGAUGUAUUUGAACCCUCUUGGUAACUCCAAAGCUACAGUUGAGGAAGAAGUUAAAGACAAACAAAAAGGAACAGAAGGUUCUGUAGUGGAACUCAACAAUAGUUCUUCAAGUCAUGGUCCAAAGAGAGGAAUGGUUUUACCUUUCCAACCGCUUUCUCUAGCAUUCAACAAUGUGAACUACUACGUGGAUAUGCCUACAGAAAUGAAGGCUCAAGGAGUUGAAAGUGAUCGACUUCAAUUACUAAGAGACGUUGGUGGAGCUUUCAGGCCAGGCAUAUUGACAGCAUUGGUUGGUGUUAGUGGUGCAGGUAAGACAACAUUAAUGGAUGUCUUGGCUGGUAGGAAAACAGGUGGUUACAUCGAAGGCAGUAUUAGCAUAUCUGGUUACAGUAAGAACCAAGAAACAUUUGCUCGAGUCAGCGGUUACUGUGAACAAAAUGAUAUCCAUUCUCCACAUGUUACUGUUUCUGAAUCCCUCAUCUAUUCAGCUUGGCUUCGUCUUUCAGCCGACAUAGAUGCCAAAACACGAGAGAUGUUUGUUGAAGAAGUGAUGGAGCUGGUUGAGCUCAAACCCAUUAGAAACUCAAUAGUUGGCCUUCCUGGAGUUGAUGGUCUUUCAACAGAACAGAGGAAAAGGCUUACUAUUGCAGUUGAAUUGGUAGCUAACCCUUCUAUAAUCUUCAUGGAUGAGCCAACUUCUGGUCUUGAUGCAAGAGCUGCCGCCAUUGUUAUGCGUACUGUUAGGAAUACCGUAGAUACAGGAAGAACUGUUGUUUGUACAAUUCACCAGCCUAGCAUCGACAUUUUUGAAUCUUUCGAUGAGCUUCUGUUGAUGAAAAGAGGAGGCCAAGUUAUAUAUGCUGGAAGUUUAGGGCAUCACUCACAGAAACUUAUUGAAUACUUUGAGGGUGUUGAAGGGGUUCCAAAGAUCAAAGACGGAUACAAUCCUGCGACGUGGAUGCUCGACGUUACUACUCCUUCAAUCGAGUCACAAAUGAGCUUGGACUUUUCUCAAAUAUUCGCCAACUCCUCUCUUUAUCGGAGAAAUCAAGAACUCAUCAAAGAACUCAGUACACCACCACCUGGAUCAAAAGAUCUCUACUUCCGAACCAAGUAUGCGCAACCGUUUUCUACUCAAACCAAAGCUUGCUUCUGGAAACAGUACUGGUCAUACUGGAGACAUCCUCAGUACAAUGCUAUCCGGUUUCUCAUGACAGUAGUCAUUGGUGUCUUGUUUGGUCUAAUAUUCUGGCAAAUAGGAACAAAAAUAGAGAACGAACAAGACUUGAAUAAUUUCUUUGGAGCCAUGUACGCUGCUGUAUUGUUUCUUGGUGCCACCAACGCUGCAACAGUUCAACCCGCAAUUGCCAUUGAGCGAACAGUUUUCUACCGCGAAAAAGCAGCUGGAAUGUACUCCGCUAUUCCCUAUGCCAUUUCGCAGGUAGCAGUGGAAAUCAUGUACAACACGAUACAAACCGGAGUUUACACGCUAAUCCUUUACUCAAUGAUCGGAUGCGAUUGGACUGUGACCAAAUUCUUGUGGUUCUACUACUAUAUGUUGACAAGCUUCAUCUACUUUACGCUAUACGGUAUGAUGCUUAUGGCAUUGACACCAAACUAUCAGAUUGCUGGAAUCUGCAUGUCCUUCUUCCUUAGUCUCUGGAAUCUCUUCUCCGGUUUCCUUAUCCCCAGACCGCAAAUACCAUUAUGGUGGAGAUGGUACUAUUGGGCAACACCUGUGGCUUGGACAUUGUAUGGACUCAUCACAUCUCAAGUUGGAGACAAGGAUUCAGUGGUGCACAUCACUGGGAUAGGAGACAUAGAUCUCAAAAUAUUGCUCAAAGAAGGAUUCGGGUUCGAACAUGACUUCUUACCAGUUGUUGCCGUUGUCCACAUCGCCUGGAUUCUGCUCUUCGUCUUUGUUUUCGCCUAUGGUAUUAAGUUCCUCAACUUCCAAAGAAGAUAAAGACCUUAAAAGAAUAGUGUGGGAAAUUAUGAACUAAAAACAAAAAGAAAGCCUAGUCUGGUUACGUGAUAGCUAAGUCAAUGUUGAAUAUAAAGAAUGUAAUUAGCUGUUUUCAUGCUUAAUAUGUUAACACUAUAAUGUUAUACUCUGUAAAGCUUAUAUUAUAUAGUAUAGUUGAGAUGUAUUAAUUGUAUUAAGUUUCCUUUUGCUUAAUAUACUUAGUAUA